GGCACGCCUGUAAACGUGUAGAAGAAUGCUUUAUCAGCUUCUUCCCACAUCACUUGACAUAAGUGCUGCACAUCGUAUUGUGCAAUUGUUUUUUCAAAUAAUUAAUAAACCCUGCUUAUUUUACUUGUUAUCUUGAGCUGUUUAACCGUUUUUGUCAGACUAAGACGUCAUAAGGUUGUUCAGUGACAAAGAAAAGAAAGAUUAGGAUCGUGACUCGUGCGCUACUCUCUCUGGUUCGAAGGUGGAGCGUUGUGUUCGCUCAUGCGCACUUUGACGGGAAGUACAAUGGAGCCGGACGCCGGAGAGUCCCCUAUCAACAGCCACUGCAAUCGGAGACUUGUUUUUGUCCUUGGGUGCUGCACUGCGGAGUUUCUUGCGGAAUAUUGAUCUAGCGCCUAUAUACGUUAUAAGUCUGGGGAAUUACGUUCCUCAAACUUGAAAAUGAUUUCGACUGAGUGCUACUACUAGUCGUGAGUCCGAUUUAGGUGGGUGUGUGAUAAUGAUGAUAGCAUGAGUGGCUAACACUGUGACUGUUUCAGAUCGCGGUAGUCAGUGCAAUUCUACUAGUGAUAACCACGCCUUUACUUAAAAAAAAAACAACUGGUGAUGUAAAGAAAAUGUCAGAAAUUACAAUUGAAAAGCGCAAAGAAAAGUGUGAAAACUGCACUAAACAGUGCAGCAAGAAGCAGAGCAGCGACAACCCAGAUACACAGGAGAAAACAGUGGUGAAUGGAGAGUUGGGCAAACGCCAGGACGCACAGCCAGUAUUGCUCAGUGCAUGCUUGUCCUGUGACCGUUGUGUAUCCGAUGAGGAGAGCCAACGAAUCUCCCAGCAGAACCUGCAGGAGAUCAACAGGGUUCUCAACCUCAACAAGAGGUGUGAUGCUUCAAAACAUAAAGUGGUUGUGGUGUCUGUGAGCCCCCAGUCACUUCCCUUCUUUGCUGUGAAAUUUCACUUAGACAUUCCUCAAGCUGCGCAGAAAGUCUGUGGCUUCUUGAAAAGCAUAGGUGUGCACCAUGUUUUCGACACCACAGUAGCAGCUGGCUUUAGCAUCCUGGAGAGCCAGAAGGAGUUUGUACAGAGGCACAAACGCAGACACCAUGACAGUCACGCUCUCCCCAUGUUUACCUCCUCGUGUCCAGGAUGGAUUCGCUAUGCAGAACGGGUCCUGGGAAGUCUGGUCACGCCACACAUCUGCAGAGCCAAGUCCCCUCAGCAGAUCAUGGGCUCUCUGGUGAAGGACUUUUUCACCCAACAACAGAAACUGAGCCCAGACAAGGUGUACCAUGUGGUGGUGGCUCCCUGCUUCGACAAGAAGCUGGAGGCCAUCAGGGAGGAGUUCUGCAGCAGCCUUUUGGAGACUUGCGAUGUGGACUGUGUGCUCACAUCAGGUGAAGUUCUCUGCAUGAUGGAACAGAGAGGAGUGAUAGUUGAAGACCUGGAGUCUGUCCCAUUAGAUCAUAUAUUUAGGGAAGCUGACGAGACCUGCUUGGUGAGACAUAAGGGCAGAAGUUCCGAAGGCUACAUGGAGCACAUCUUCCAACAUGCUGCCAAAGAGCUGUUUGGCUUAGAUAUAGAGGAGAUAGUGUACAAGACACACAGGAAUCGUGACUUCCAGGAGGUUUCUCUGGAGCGGGACGGGGAGACACUACUGCAAUUUGCAGCCGUCUAUGGCUUUCGUAACAUCCAGACCUUGGUGCACCGCAUGAGGAAAGGCAGAGUGCCAUACCAGCUGGUGGAGGUGCUUUCCUGUCCAGGAGGUUGUCUGAAUGGACGUGGGCAGUCAGAGGAUCAAGCUGGCCGAGUGGACAAGGCUUUGGUGCAGCAGAUGGAGGAGGCGUACAGCAGUUUGCCCGUCCGGCUGCCAGAGAUGAGCUCUGACAUUCAGCAGCUCUAUCAGGACUGGUUGGAGGGCGGAGACUCCCCGCAUGCCCUGCAGGCCCUGCACACACAAUACAGCCACCAAGAGAAGCCACACAGACUGCCUCCCGACAUCCAGUGGUGAGGGAAGCACACAGUAAAAUCAGUGGAGGUGUAUGAAGUCUCAAGGGCAUUUGUACCAUUACUAUGGCUCCCACUGGGAUCAAAUGAACACUUUUGGUUGAUUUUUAAUGCUGCCAUUUUUGCUGUGCACCACACCUGAUACAGAGCCGUGCUGCUAUUCAGAAAACCUGACGUCCACUUGAAGCAGCGAUUGUGGUGAUCACCUUCUGCUGGUCAAUACUGUCUGGCCAACAACCAGGAAUACAACUAGAGUGAGCAACAUUUGUAGCCAGUGUAACCUGCAAUAACUAAUGUUCAGUGCAUGUGUAUUGACAGUGAAAUAUCUACUACACAUUUGGAACAAUUUACAUGCACCGAAUAUAAUCCAAUGAAAACGAUUGUUUGAUAGGAUCUUAUCUCAAACAUAAAAACAUCCAUAAACUAAAACUCAAAGCUGAAAAUCAUUUUGUUUUUUUGUACUGUAAAUUAAUUGACCAAAUGACAAUGUAUCCUGUACGUUUUCAUUAGAGUGUUUCAGAAACGUAUCUGUUUAAGUCCUACUGUGUUCAGCUGCGAAAGACAUAAGGGAGUGUCAUACUUCUUUUCAUAGCUCUUUUUAAUUAGAAAAUAGGCUGUUAUACUGAUGGUCAAUAGUGCCAUUAUUACAGGUGAUAAUUUAUUUUCUUGUGUUACUGUUAGUAAGUGAAGAUUAACAUCUACAUUUUUUUUCCCCCCAAAAAGGCUUUGAGGUUUCUGUGUUUUCACAAAAAUGGUGUGUUCAGAGUAUUUGAGACUGAAAUGUCUUCAGAUUGUGUGUGUGUGUGUGUGUGUGUAUGUAAUAUAG